AUGGAUCUCACCAACAGUUGGCAAAUCUCCAACCCUUCCCUGACAGGCCUACCACAACCAUCCGGCCCCCCGAACGUGUCAAACGGCUUCUUGUGGAACUCCCACGAGUCCGUAUAUCUUUAUGGCGGAGAGUUUUCAGACAGCCCUCUCGAUUCACCAACAGCAUUCUCGCUUUGGGAAUACAAUGCCAUAUCCUCUCAAUGGAUCGAACAUCAGAAUCCAACAACUUCAUCUGGCGACAACGCUCAGUCUGGCGACCAACCGGUACAACGUGCUGCUGAAGGCGCUGGCGCCUCAGUUCCAGGAUUGGGGCGUGGGUUCUACUUUGGUGGGCAUGAAGAUACCCAUACAACCGAAGGAUGGUCGAACCAAGUCGCACGAAUCUACAUCAAGUCUUUGAUCGAGUUCACCUUCCCAGGAUAUCAGAACAACCAAGUAGCCUCCCUAUCGGACAACAAAGCUGCAGGCAGCGAUGGUGCAUGGCGCAAUGUCACGGUGGACAGUGCAGGAUUCCCAGAACGUGCAGAUGGACUGCUUACACAAAUGAAUGUUAUCGACGUGUACGACAUUGCUACCUCGACUUGGUACAAACAAGCAACAAGCGGACCUACACCAAGAAUUCGCGUCAACCCAUGUGCUGCAGUAGCAGCUGCCUCGGAUGGUAGCUCUUACCAAGUGCAUAUGUUCGGCGGGCAAAACCUCAUUCCUGCUGGCAAUCAGACUCAGUAUGAUGACCUCUGGAUCUUGACCGUUCCUUCUUUCACCUGGAUCCAAGUUGAUCAGAGCUCACAAUCAGUCCCACCUGGUAGAGCCGGUCACUCGUGUCAAAUGUGGGAUGGUCAGAUGGUGGUAGUUGGUGGUUAUGUGGGCGACCAGCUCAGCUGCGAUAGUCCUGGCAUCUACGUGCUCAAUGCAAGCAGUUUAGAAUGGGCAACUGGAUUUACCGCAUUGAGCGGAGGCUCAGACUCGGAUUCUUCAGUAUCUUCUGGUGCUUUCGGAGGCUCUUCUAGCACAGCUGCAGCAUCAUCGUCCGGCGCAUCUGCAGCUGGAGAUACAACAUCCCCAACCGGGUCAGGGUCCAGAAAUUGGGUCUCAAACGCUCGUACAAAUCCAUUCAACCAACAACCAGCCCAACUAGCCAACGGCAGCAGUCCAGGUGGUCUCGAAGGUUCCUACGGAUAUCAAGUUCCUGAUGCCGUUAUCUCAGUUAUUGGCGGCAACGCACAGGGAGGUGCGACUGUCACGGCGCCUGCUCAGACACCGAUUGAUGGACCGCUAAAGACUGGCAGUCCAAUCAUCUACAGCACCGUGACUUCCAGUUCAACUACAACAGCUACAAAUGGCUCUGGUGGCAACUCGAAUUCCGGAUCAGGAAACAAAGGCAGCAGCGGCCCCAAUGUCGGAGCUAUCGUUGCUGGCGUGAUCGCAGGUAUCCUCUUCAUUAUCGUCUGUUACCUUGCGUUCUGUGCUUGGCUCUACCGCAAACGCCUUCGACUAUACAAACGCCACGUCGAAAUGGCACAGCGACAGGCGCUCAAUGAGAAGACUCACCCGACCAUCCCAGGUCUCAUUCCUACAGGAGCAGGCUUCUCAAGUGGUGGCUCAGGCGAUCGUCGUCCAUGGACCUCAAGCGAAAACGCCAGUGGCAAAGGAAGCUCGAACCGCAACAAUGAUUGGGGAUAUACUGAGGCUUAUAGGACAGAUACUGCCGGUCAAGGCAGUGUAGAUGGUUUCUUGUUGAGGAGGAGCAGUGAUGAUAGUGGUGCGCCUGAAGAUUUGUUGGCUGGCAAUACUCCAUCCUUCUGGGGCACUGUUCUGGCACCGAGGCGCAGUUUGCGUGUUGUCAAUCGCGAUUGA